CGGUAUCUGCUUUUUCAGGCGGCGCAUGAUCUCCGUCAUGUCGCUGCGGAGGCGCGGGCCCGAACUUGCCUUCGUCGAGCUCGCGCGCUUCGACGGCGUUUCACAUAUUCGCUGCCUGCGGAACACGCUCAUUGGGUGCGGCGUUCAGGGCGACGCGAACCUUCCCUGCUUAUUGGAUUGGAAGACUGGCAGGCUGUGCACCCUUCCUCCGUCACCCGUGGGAGAUGUACGUGACCGCGCGUCCUUGUUGAUCGUGGAAACGCGUUUAAUUUCGCUUCAUUUUUCCAGGGUCGUGUCGUCGCUAUGGCGCUCCGCGAGGAUAUCUGCGUCGUUGCGCGCUCCAACAUUCUGUCGAUCUACUCGCUUGCAUCUGGAGAGCCCGCGCUCGUGCAGGAUCUCCAUUUUGAUCACGCGCUCGGCAACGUCGCUUUCGCGGCUGAGGCGGCGCCCGAGGUCGUGCAGGACAAGAACACCGCGCGGCUCCAGCUGCUCAUCACGAGCCACAGCGGCCUGCACGUGUACAGCGUCAGCCAGGACGAGAGCGGCGCCUUCGUCUCGCGCCUCGUUGCCGAGGAGGCAGUGAAGCAGAGCACGAUUCUCACGAGCUCGCCGCAACUUCCGCGCUUCGGCGGCUCCGCGUCGCACGUCGCAUGGACGAACACGCCCAAGUCGUUCUUUGACCGGCAGUCACACGUCUUUGUCGCGCGCGUCGUCGCUACGCCGGCCGCGCCCUCCGCGGACAGUGCGGACGCGGGCAGGGACACCGCACGCGAGGCUACCCCAGCCGCGCAGGAGAGCAAGCUCGAGGUGCUCAUGGAGUGCAAGGACUCCCGCCUGCCGUCGCUGAACGCGAUGCCCGUCAUGGACUUCGACGACGGCGUGGGCAUCAUUGCAAUCGGCAACGCGCUUGGCGAGCUUGCGCUCUGCAGCUACGGCGUUCCGCUCACACCCCAGUUCGUUGACUGCCUGAGGCCGGUGCCUAUCCCAUCGGCGAGGCGCUGGAGGGCCCACUAGGGUGGAUAUUCCCAUCCUCUCAUUAUUUCGUUCUAAUCUUUCGCACGAUACGUUACUUAUCUCUAACAAUUCAGCAACGCACAAACAAGCAUAUCGUACACGUAGAUGAUUCGUUGAUUGAACAAUACUCACUCGCAUAGUAUGUCUUCUCCCUCGCAUUGGCAUUAGUCCCGAUCUUACCCCCCAUCUCGUCAUCUGGUCCCGCGUCUCCCACAUGCUUACAUUCUCCUCGUAAUGCUUUUCGUUGUAGCAUAUUCACACCACUCAUGACGCUGACGACCUCUUCCCUGUGCAUGACAUGUUCGGUAGUCAUUAUUGUAUAAUGAAUUGCUACUUGUCGUGACACCCUGCCCG